UUGCAGAGGAAUGGCUCGGGAACCAUAACAACCUCUCCCAUCACGGGUUGGUCUGGUGGUGGUGGUGGGGGAAAUGGCCGCCUUGCUACCUCCACCGCGCCGGGCACCUGGAAGACCCCGAGCGCCUCCCCAGCUGAGUGCACUUCAAAUUCUUCUGCAAAUGGGCUUUCCGAAGCAUCGCGCGGAGAAAGCCCUCGCAGCGACCGGAGAACGGGGAGUGCAGCUGGCCGCCGACUGGCUGCUGUCACAUGUCAACGAUCCCACGCUCGAUAGCUGCACUCCGAGAGAGUACAUCCUUUACCUGUGUCCUUCCGGUCCCCUGUUCGGUCAGCUGCAGAACUUUUUCCUACAGUCGAUGCUGCAGCACGGUCGGAACGGGGCUCACAAUUAUCUUCCUCACAUCACGUUGUGUUCGUUCUUCCAGCUGGCGGAUGAUUCUGUCUCCGACGUGAUCAAGGCUCUCGAAUUGAUCUGUGAUAAACUCAAAGGGGAGUUGCCUGACCGAAUCAAGCUGGAGCAUUACACCUCGCAGACGUUUCUCGGUCUGUUCGUCGAUCAGAAACACAACGAGAUGCUGAAGAAAAUCAGCGUCAAUUUCAUGCGGGAAACGUCGGAUCUGCAAAUCAGCGUCGAACCCUACCUUAAAGCGCUUCACGUCACGCUGGCAUACCAGUUCGACGUUACUCACUACGGGAGCCUCGAGAAACUCACGCAGAUGAUCGACACCGAGGCUCCCGCCUGUUGGGAGCUCAGACUGUACUCGCGAGAUAUGAGAAUCAAAGGAAAUGAAGUUCACAAGGUUCUCUACUCGCACACACCACAAGAAGCCGACGAGUUAGAGCUUGUAAUAGGAGAUCUCGUCUACGUAUCCGGGGAGAAGUUGAACGGAUCGUCCGAUGGUUGGGUCGAGGGUACGUCGUGGCUCUCGGGUUGCUCGGGCUUUCUGCCCAAGAACUACAUCGAACGAACGGCCGAAUCCGAUGCAUGGACGAUGCACAAGAGCAUCACGAUAUGCAAGAACAAUUUCAGUGACGAUAUACCGCGACCUCCGAGCAGCCCGGUCACCGCUCCCUCGCCCCCCAAAGCCGCCUCGCCCUCGAUUCCCCAACAAGAAGCGAGCGCUGUUUCCGUGAAUCACAAGCCGACUCCGGUCGAGAGGAAAAUUCUCCCGGUCGUCUCAAACUCAGACCUUCCGUCCCCGAAAGAAGAAACCCUUUACGAAAACAUAGAAUUUCUCUCGAUGGCCGCGGACAACGGAGAGCACAGGCCGCGUCGUCUGUUCGUCGUCCGUCACGCUGAACGAAUCGACUUCACCUUCGGACCUUGGAUCCCGGCGUGCUUUGACCAGCACGGGAACUACACCCCGAGGGACAUCAACAUGCCCAAAACGGUUCUCCCUCGGAAACCCAUGGAUUACCUCAAGGAUUCUCCUCUGACCCGUUUUGGACUGUAUCAGGCAUCGCUAACGGGAGAAGCCAUGUUCGAAGCUGGUAUUCGAUUUUCUCAGGUCUUCUGUUCGCCUUCCCUGCGGUGCGUUCAAACUGCCACAACAAUCUUGAAAGCUCUUCAGUCGCCAACCCCGUUAAUCAACAUCGAACCGGGCUUGUUCGAAUGGUUGGCUUGGUAUCCCGACAUUCAGCCAGUAUGGUUCAAACCCCAGGAAUUGAAAGAUUUCGGGUUCCCCAUAAACACUACGUACAAACCUCUCAUGUCGGUCGACGAACUUCUCUCCAAGAAGUCGGAGUCGUGCGAGGAAUAUUUCAGCCGUAGCUAUGUAGUUACCCAAACUCUUCUAGAGACCUCUAAGCAGAUUAGGGGGGAUGUGAUGUUUCUCGGCCACUCGGCCACUCUCGACGUCUGUACGCGUCAGCUGACCGGUGCGAAAAUUCGAACGGCGCAAGAGCUUGUCCAUAUUGUACACAAAAUCCCUUACGUCGGGGUUGCGGUCGUCGAGGAAAACUCGGGUCGAGUUCCCAGUUGGGGACUAAUCGGAGCGCCCUUUCAGACGCUCACUCACGCAAGCAAUGUCAAAUUCGACUGGAAAUGUAUGUUAGGCGAUGCGCACGUUUCCAAGCGAUGAGCAUAGUCAUUUCUACGAUGGACAAUCGACUCCCUACAAUUUAAUAUAUUGUAAACUUGUGGUUCUCUGAUCUUUGGAUGCGCGGAGAGUUCAAAGAGACAACCGAUAUUCCCGGAUCGAUCCCGAUCUGGACCAUUUCGGCUUCUCUUCCCUAUUUUAGUCCCCGAGGAAUCGGCUCGAAUUUCAGAGACAGUCACUGUACCUCCUCCACAGAAAUUCUUAUCUUUUUACCUGAAGAUUCCUUCAAUUGAUUCAUCUCGAUCCCGAACCUCCCCGGGGAAACACAAGCGAUUA